ACCCUGCGGCCGAAGUCAUGAGCGCAGAGGAUGAGCUGAGCUUGCUGGUUAUCAUCGUUGACACCAACCCGAUCUGGUGGGGAAAGAAGGCGCAGGGAGAAGCUGAGCAGUUCACCCUAUCCAAAUGCAUUGAUGCAGCAAUGGUACUGGGGAACUCACACUUGUUUAUGAACCGCACCAACAGACUCGCUGUAAUAGCAAGUCACACACAGGAAAGCCGUUUCUUAUAUCCUGGGAAGCGUUGGGCUGUUGCAGAUCUCUUUGGAGAUGGUGGUACUUCCAUGGAGUAUAAUUGCUCUGGCAGCAAAGAUGGAAAAUACGAAUUGUUAACUGCAAUAAAUGAUGCAAUUGCAGAAGAGAUCAAAGACCUCAUGACAAAAACUGACAUGAGGGGGGAGCAAACAGAAACUCUGUUAGCAGGAUCGCUUGCCAAAGCACUUUGUUCUAAUGUAGAUAUCAACAAGAUGAGUAAAGAAUUAAAAGCUAAUCAAGAAAUGAAAUCAAGGAUUUUGGUUAUAAAAGCAGCAGAAGACAGUGCUUUGCAAUAUAUGAAUUUCAUGAAUGUGAUCUUUGCAGCACAGAAACAGAGUGUUUUGAUUGAUGCCUGUGUCUUGGACUCUGAUUCAGGUCUUCUACAACAGGCUUGUGACAUUACAGGUGGCAUAUAUUUGAAAGUGCCACAUAUGCCAUCCCUUCUGCAGUAUUUGUUGUGGGUGUUUCUUCCUGAUCAAGAGCUAAGAUCACAGCUUGUCCUUCCACCUCCUAUUCAUGUUGACUACAGAGCUGCAUGCUUCUGUCAUCGAAAUCUCAUUGAAAUUGGUUAUGUGUGCUCUGUGUGCUUGUCAAUAUUCUGCAACUUCAGUCCUAUUUGCAGUACAUGCGAGACUGCUUUCAAGAUAUCGUUGCCACCUGUCAUGAAAGCUAAGAAGAAGAAAUUAAAGUUAUCUGCCUAACAACAUUAUGUAAAUACCUCAUAACCUCCUCCAGCAAUUCCAUGAAAUGGAAUAUGCCUGAGAAACUGAUGGCACUUUUUAUGGGAUAGGAAAAAGAAUUGUAUGAAGUGUUAUUACUUGUUCCUUAGGGGAUAAUCUUAUGUCUUCUACACAGCCCUUUAAGUAACAGAUUACUGUAUUACCAUCUAACCUAUGCUGUUAUGAAUUCUAAUUUGUAAUUAUGAAAGGAACCAGAAGUUUGAGCUUGUUGAGAGACGUAACCCUGUGAAGUAGAAGGUACUCUGGACACUGCAAAGUUUUGCACUUCCAAGUUAUCUUAAAAGAUAAGGGAGCUCUGAUUCUUUUUCUGUUUUGGUGUACAGGUAAGAAUGACCAUUUCUAGUGUGUAGGAUUGGAACCUGAGCACUGUGUUAUUCAGGGACUUCUUGCUUGCUCUCACUAGCAAUUUUUGGACUGAAACAGCAUCAGUUUCAGAAUGAGUAAGCCAACAGUUAAAAGAAAAAAAGCAGAAUCUAACCUAUCUUUCUCAACUGGAUAUCUCUUCAUUCAUUAAUUUUUCUUUUAUGGCAGAACAUGAGUGUGCUACAUA